AGAGAGGGGUUUUGGACAGCUGUAUUUGUGCUGAUAAGCGAAGGCACAAGGAGACGAUCGACUAGUGAGGCAAGAGGGAAGCGGCGGCUCGGAGCUGCUGAGAGGGGCUGCGCUUCCCUCCCGAGACGGCUCGGCCCUCCCGGCGCCGUGCUGGGGCUUGGGGGGGACCCGAGCCCCUUCCCAGCGCCUGGCCGGGCUCUCAGCCGGUGCCCGUGCCAGGGUGCAGCUCGCUGGCUGGGCACACCGGCCGCGCGGGGCAGAUGCCGAUUGAGAUCGUGUGUAAAAUCAAAUUUGCCGAGGAGGAUGAGAAGCAGAAGGAGAAAGAAGAAGGGGAUAAGGAGAGCCUGAUUGAGGAGCCCGCCCGGCCCCGCUCCCGGGACCUGGCCGCCUUCGCCAGCACCAGCACGCUGCACGGCCUGGGACACAUCUGCAGGUCGGGGCGGCUGGGCGUGCGCCAGACCCUCUGGGCGUUUGCCUUCCUGGCCUCGCUCGCCUUCUUCCUCUACCAGGCGGCCAAGUCGGCACUGCUCUACCUGGAGCACCCCCACGUCAUGGCCCUGGACGAGGAGGCCAUCCGUGAGAUGGUCUUCCCCGCCAUCACCAUCUGCAACAUCAACCGCUACCGCCACUCGGCACUCACCGACGCUGACAUCUUCCACUUGGCCAACAUGACUGGGCUGCCCCCCAAGGACCGGGAUGGCCACAAGGCCACGGACCUGCUCUACCCUGACCCCGACAUGGCCGACAUUGUCAACCGCACCGGCCACCAGCUUGACGACAUGCUCAAGAGCUGCAACUUCAGCGGCGAGAACUGCUCCUCCCGCGAUUUCACUGUGGUCUACACACGCUAUGGUAAGUGCUACACCUUCAAUGGGGACCGGAGGAACCCACGAGUGACCCGCCAGGGUGGCAUGGGCAACGGGCUGGAGAUCAUGCUGGACAUCCAGCAGGAAGAGUACCUGCCCAUCUGGAGAGAGACCAACGAGACGUCAUUUGAAGCUGGCAUCCGGGUCCAGAUCCACAGCCAGGACGAGCCACCCUACAUCCAUCAGCUGGGCUUCGGUGUCUCGCCCGGUUUCCAGACCUUCGUGUCCUGCCAGGAGCAGCGGCUCACCUACCUGCCGCAGCCGUGGGGGAACUGCCGGGCCAGCGUGCAGGGGGAGCAGACGCUGCCCGGCUACGACACCUACAGCAUCGCCGCCUGCCGCCUGCAGUGCGAGAAGGAGGCUGUGGUGCAGAGCUGCCACUGCCGCAUGGUCCACAUGCCAGGCAACGAGUCCAUCUGCUCCCCCAACGUGUACAUCGAGUGUGCCGACCACACGCUGGACGCAGCGGUGGAGGACAGCCAGGAGCGCUGCAGCUGCCCCACGCCGUGCAACCUGACACGCUACGGCAAGGAGAUCUCCAUGGUGCGCAUCCCCAACAAGGGCUCGGCGCGCUACCUCGCCCGCAAGUACAACAAGAACGAGACCUACAUCCGGGAGAACUUCCUGGUGCUGGACAUAUUCUUUGAGGCGCUCAACUACGAGGCCAUUGAGCAGAAGAAAGCUUACGACCUUGCUGGGCUUCUCGGGGACAUCGGGGGACAGAUGGGCCUGUUCAUCGGUGCCAGCAUCCUCACCAUCCUGGAGAUCUUGGACUAUGUCUAUGAGGUGAUCCGGGACAGGGUGAGCCGGGUCCUGCGCCGCUCCAAACCGCCCCUGAAGAAGCCCUCGGGCAGCAUCGCCACGCUGGGACUGGAGGAGCUCAAGGACCAGACUGUACACAGUUAG